AUGCAAGGAUUUAACAAGUAUUAUCCACCGGACUAUGAUCCAUCGCAGGGCAGUUUGAAUAAGGCCAGAGGCAAGCGGUCAGGCAAACACGCGCUUGGUGACCGGGCUCGUAAAAUUGACCAAGGAAUCCUUAUAACCCGGUUUGAGCUGCCCUUCAACAUCUGGUGUGAUACAUGCCACAACCAUAUUGGAAUGGGUGUGCGAUAUAAUGCCGAAAAGAAAAAAAUAGGCGCAUACUACUCUACCCCAAUCUUCUCUUUCCGAUGUAAAUGCCAUUUGUGUGAUGGCUGGUUUGAGAUUCAGACGGACCCCAAGAAUACCCGAUAUGUGGUGGUAUCUGGGGCUCGGCAGAAAGAUGAGGAUUGGAAUCCUGAAGAAAAUGGAGGCUUCGCUAUACAUGGCAAGUCAAUCGACGACAUGCGGGCUGAUGCACCUGUAGACCCCCUUGUAGCUCUCGAAAAAAAGGCUGUGGCGACUAAAAACAUGAAUGAAGUUCAAAUCCCACGCCUCGAGUCAUUGCAAAGUGUCUCGGAGCAAUACAACGCAGACCCUUAUUCCCUUUCUUUAAAGGCAAGAAAACAUUUUCGGCAGGAAAAGAAGGUGGAACAAAGUAAAAGGAAAGCGGAUGACCUCAUCAAAGAUCGUUACGGUCUACCCACAUCUCUGAGUCUUCUUGAAGACGAUGAUGAGAUGGUGCAGGAAGCCAAAGAGAAAUGGAUGAAAGGGAAAGAAGAAAUACAAAGGAAUCAGAACUUGAGGAGUUUGAGGCCAAGACGAUUAGCCAUGGAUCGGCUUUCAAUUCCUUCAUCGUCUUCUCGGCGAAUCGCGCCACAGUCAAAAGAACAAACUCUAGCAUCACUUAAAGCUCGAAUAUUGGAUAACACUGCGCGGAAAUCCUAUCCCUUUGGAGGGGGUCAGUCAAUAUCAUAA